AGACUCUAUCCCGGUCGGCCGACCAGUCAACCCGGUCACUCUGGUGACUGAGGAGGGGGGCGUGGUGGACGCCUCGAAAACCCUGGUCACUCGGGUGACCAACAAGUCAAAGGGCUCGACCUCGAGCAGGUCAGUCGAGACGACGGCCCAGGAGAUGGCCGGGAACAAGCGGCAACGGUCGGACAAAAGUCCGACCCCCACGAUCGGUUCAGGGAUGGCCGACGCCUCCAUUCUGUCGCGGCUCGGUAACUUGACGCCAGACAAGACAGAUUUGUCCAAACUAAGCUCGACCCAGUUGGCCGAGCGGCUAGGGCGUGAUCUCUCUGAGGCAUCUCGGAUCGGGGCGAUCCUCCACGGUCAGGCUCUGCUGGCUACCGAAGCAGAUCGGUACAAGAAGCUGGCUGAUCGGAGGCUCAAAGAAAACGCCGAGCAGGCCCUCGAGCUAAAACAGGCCAAAGAAGCGCUCGAGAAAGGGAGGACCGAGCGGGGAGCUCUCUUGAAGAAGCUAACGGAUCUAAAGGAGCGGAUGAAGAGUUUGGAAGCCCGAUCAAGUGACCCAGACGCGGCCGUUAGAUACUUCUUCCGUGACGUAGCCCCUGGGAUAGAGUUUAUGCGGAAGAUCACCGGGGAGAAGGACAUGCGCGACCGAACGGAGAGCAACAUGAGGGAGGCCCUAGAAGGCGAGGACCUCGAACUGGUGUUGACCACCCUCCCAACAGCUGGUCCCGACCCCGGGCAAGAUCCUUUUGAUCCCGAGCUCGAGAUCAUAGAGCCGAGUGCAGCUGCGGCUGGAGUGGAGCCGACCGGGAAGGACACUGCCACCCCGAGCGACGCCGAGGCGGCCAAGAAAUGA